AUGGCCCUGACUUUGAGCCAAAUCCAAGGCUCUCGAGGCGGGAAAUACGGGGAACUGGUGUUAGAAAAAGAGCUGGACCGUGAACAACAACAGGACAUUGAAUUAUUACUCACCGCCACUGAUGGUGGGAUUCCACAGAGAUCGGGUACUGUAGUUAUACACGUCACUGUGCUUGACGCCAAUGAUAAUGUCCCAGUCUUCAGUCAAUCAGUUUAUAAGGUCUCUUUGCCUGAAAACGCCUCUGUAGGUACUCUAGUGGUCACCGUCAGCGCAACGGAUGCUGACGAAGGAGCAAAUGGUGAGGUGACUUAUGAAUUUGGACAUACUUCAGACGAACUGAAUGAAUUGUUCAUGCUCGACCACAGAACAGGAGCUAUUACAUUAGGCGGACAGAUUGAUUUUGAAAAGGAGACUUCGUAUGAAUUAAGCAUCCAAGGCAAAGACGGCUCCGGAUUAGUGUCCUUUGCCAAUGUUAUUGUUGAAAUUGUCGAUAUCAAUGACAACGCGCCUGUAAUUUUUCUUCAGUCGUUUCACAACCCAAUUCCUGAAAACGUGGUGCCAGGCACCGAGGUGGGCAUCAUUAAUGUUCAAGAUAAGGACUCAGGGCAAAAUCGGCAGGCCCGUUGCUCCAUUCAGGAAAAUGUUCCUUUCAAAUUAAACCCAUCGGUCAAAAAUUAUUAUUCGAUUAUGACGACUAAAGAACUCGACCGGGAAAAGCAAACGGAUUACAAUAUAACAAUCACUGCGACAGACGAGGGCUUUCCGCCACUAUCUUCUUCCAAGACUGUUCAUUUAUAUGUGUCAGACGUCAAUGACAAUCCACCUGUGUUUCAACAACAGUUUUACAAUGCAUAUAUUCCUGAGAACAACAAACCAGGGACCCCUGUAUGUUCUGUCUUAGCGAAAGAUCCAGACUGGAGACAGAACGGAACAGUGCUUUAUGCUCUGUUGCCCAGUGGAGUCAGUGGCUUUCCUGUGUCCUCUUAUUUAUCCAUUAAUGCUGAAACUGGGGUCAUUCAGGCCUUGAAGUCCUUUGACUAUGAGCAACUAAGAAGCUUCAAAGUUCAAGUUGUAGCCAGAGACAAUGGGUCUCCCCCACUUAGCAGCAACGUGACUGUGAGUGUCUUCAUAACAGAUGAAAACGACAACUCUCCUCAGAUAUUAUACCCUACGCCUGAGGUUAAAUCUUCCCUGACUGAGAUCGUUCCCAGAGCCGCUGUCUCUGGUUCUCUAGUCUCCAAGGUCAUAGCUGUUGAUGUUGACGCUGGACAGAAUGCUUGGCUAUCUUAUGAAAUUCUUAGGUCUACUGAUCCGGGACUUUUUACCAUAGGUCUCCACAAUGGAGAGAUAAAGACAAAGCGUGACAUAACUGAAUCCGAUAGCAUGAAGCAGAAUCUCAUUGUACUGGUUAAAGAUAACGGACAACCGUCUCGCUCUUCAACCUGCUCUGUUUAUCUUCUUAUUUCUGACAACGUGUCGGAGGUUCCAGAACUGAAAGAUGUAUCUUUUGAGACGAAUAUCUCGGAACUGACGUCUUAUCUGAUCAUUGCUCUUGUCUCUGUAUCCACUUUCUUCCUGACUUUCAUUGUCGUUGCUCUGGUUGUAACGUUUUGCCGCAAGAGAAAGCACAGGCUGUUGUUUGAUGGAGCCGUGGCUAUUCCAAGCACAAGUUUCCCUCCUAACUAUGCAGAGGUGGAAGGAGCAGGAACGCUGCGUAGUUCUUACAACUACGACACAUACUUAACAACAGGUUCACGCACAAGUGAUUUUAAAUUUGUCGGAGCUUACGGUGAAAACACUCUGUCGACUAAUCACACCCUGGGGCGGUGUCCAACUGAUAACUUUGGACAGCAUGCUGUGAUCGUCAGCACCUCAACAGAUUCUAAUGAGCUUCGCAUUCUUGGGAAAAGUGUUUAA